GAUGCGAUAUUUGUGUGGGGCCCGGUUGACAAUGCAAAAAACCAAUUUUCGCCUGGCUCUUAUAUGGCCGAAACAAAGUCUCGUGGAAUUCGACACUCAUCAGAAUUUGCGAUUGGAAUAACAAGCGAAGCCUGGCCUACUUCGAAAAGAACACCGGCUCUUUUGUUUACUGCGAUUGGCACGGUUAUGCUUAGUAAAUGUAGAUCGGGUGAUAAUUACUCUUUAAAAAAAAUUUAUCGAAACCCAGAAUAUUGCGCAAGCUCCAACAGCACGUGCGAACAAUUCCCCGCUCGAGCAUACGCAUAAUCGGGAUAAUCGGGUCACUAGCGCGUAAUCUGCAGUCGUUAGGCAAUAUUAUAGCCGACUCGCGAAAACCGCUGACCUGGUCCUCGAGCGAUGCGUCUCAGCCGUAGUCGUUCCCGUCUCGCAGCUCUGCGCUCGGUCAGCUCCUUCUUGAAGCAAUUCAGCCGCAACUCGAACACUCGGCGAAUGUGGCCUCGCACGAUUUCCAGCUCCUCUCGACGCGAUUGCGCCGCUUUCGACAGGAAUUCCAUCACGCUCUUUCUCGCGCACACCUGCGUUCAUGCACACGAUUACGCUAUGCUUAUUUUUUGCUGUCUCUGGACAAUAAUUUAUAAACAAAAAAAAAAAAAAGCGCGAGACCUCGUAGCCCUUGGGCGGAUGAUACUUGUAGCAGUCGAGGUCGAGGCCGGCCCGGUUGGGCCGGGGUAGAGCGAAGAGGAGCAGCAGAGUUAGGAAGCAGCCGGAAGGCAGAAAACGCGCCGCCGCCGGCGACAUUUUCGCGCGCAAGGCGGAAGAAUGAGUACAACACGACUGAUCCGAUCAGCCGAAAUUUUCGUCCGAGUCGCUGCAGUUUCGAAAGCGACGCGUGUGUGUGUGUGCCGCCGCGCGAUGACCCGAAUUACGAUCGCGAGAAUCUGCUGCUGCUGCUGCCUCCUCCUGCUGCUGAUCUACCGAUCGGCACUAGCGGCGCCGCUGGUGGAGAGCUAUCCCCGAGGGGCUAAUAAUUACGCCGGACGGCAGAGAGCACCGCGGAGGGAUUACUACGGCGAGACGAGUCCGUUCGGUUACCUGGCCAGCAAGGCGAUGGGGGCCUUCGUGAGGGUCGCCUCGUUCAUGUUCCAGUGGAUGCCGAGCUUCUGGAGGCCGGCCAAGAGCAGCUUCCGCUUCCUCAAGAGCAACAACGAUCCGAGGCCGAUGAGAUACGAGGAGUACGACUUUUUCGACGCCGACGCUUACCGAUGAUGAUGAUGUUCUUCCUUGUUGUUGUUGCUUGUUGAAUAAAUACAUACGCUCUUUUUUACCCACAA